UCCCCAGUUCGCCGCCGCAUCUCCCGAGCACUCUACUCCGGACGGACCAAGCCAUACCAGCCGAUCGACCCGACGACUUACGCGACGACGGUCGACUUCUCUCUCUUUAUAACCCACCACCCAGUACAUACCCAAUUUAUCUCUUCAGCAACACAAAAGUCCCACACGGGCAUCACCAACCUUCAAAAUGGGCAUUCAACAAAUCACCAACAUGUGCUCGCACCUCCAAAACGCCUCGCGCGCUCGCCUGGGCCUGACCUCUCUGCCCAACACCAAGUACAACCUCGCCCUCGCCCUGGCCCUGCACCGCGCAGGCUUCAUCUCCUCCAUCACGCGGGGCGGUCCUCACCCGCCCACGCCCGAGGCCCUUAUGACCUACGAGCCCGAGCCCGUGACCAGUGCCAACGUGGCCACGCGCCGGUUGUGGGUGGGACUCAAGUACUGGAACGAGGAACCCGUCCUGAAGGAGCUGAAGCCGAUUUCGAAGCCCUCGAGGCUGGUGACUGCCUCCCUGGAAGAGCUGAACCGUGUGGCAAGGGGCUUUCCCGCGGGAUACAUGAAGGGGUUGCAGCUGGGCGAGUGUUUGUUUGUGAACACUGAUAGAGGUGUGUUGGAGGUUAGGGAGGCAGUGGAGAGGAAAGUUGGUGGGCUGGUUUUGUGCAAGGUAAAAUAGAUGGGUAGAAGAA